UUUCAGGUCCAAAAAAUGGUUGCUGAUUUGUUGUCUAUGGAGCGGUACGUUGGACCGGUAAACCCUUCACUAUAUUCGCAGCUAGCUGUGUUGUUACUCGCAAUAGGCCUCUUUUUUAUGGCUUGGUUCUUCGUUUACGAGGUAACUUCAACGAAAUUUACUCGAGUGCUUGUCAAGGAAUUGUUAAUUUCAUCAGUUGCAGCUCUUUUCCUUGGAUUUGGUGCGGUUUUUCUCAUGCUUUGGACAGGGAUUUACGUUUAAGGAAGUACUUACGGUGAUUUCAAUCCUGCACUUAUUCUAAUUUUUUUUUACAAUACUAAUUGUUUUUACUUUUUUAUUUCUAAUUUAUUUUGG